AUGUCCGAUUCCACGGCCAGUCCGCCUACCCCGAUGGGCCCUGGCUCUGAUGGUUUCACUCAAAGUAAUUCGAAACGUCCUGAACCCCUCCGGACGUCCAGCGCCCCCAAACUCGCCUCUCCGUUUCCCUCUCCAACCGGUCCGAACCACCCCAUCCCCGAAGACCAGGAGUACCCACCAGACGCGACGACGGAUGACCGAAGCCAACCCAAUCACACGCAAUUGAAAACAAGGGAGGAGAAUACUACGGAUGAGAACCAGAGGUCGUCGCGCGCAGUUCUAACUAGCGGGUCGGGAAAUACCUGGGAUGGCGCCCCGCAAGAUAAACCAGGAUCCCUCAGUCCACGACGGCCAAACGAGUCUAUGGAAAACCAGAAAAAGGCACCAAGUCAACGAUCGCAGUCUUCACAGCAUGCGUCUCCACAGCAGGCAGGUGUUCAGUUUACUCGCGAUGCGUCCGAAAACGAGGCCGCUGCCGACGUGGCCCGAUCCAGGCCUUCCUCCCUAUUGGGCGACGAUGGGGAUCCGAAUGCGAAAGGCAAACAAUCCAUCUUCACCAAGUUGAAAGCCUUCGCCGCCUCGCCAUCCUUUACCUCGCAUUCGCGCUCCGCCAGCACGGCCACAGUCGACCCCAGACCGUAUGCCCAUGACCUGUCCACCCCUGGCUCGGAACGUGGCGAAUUUCGCUUCCCAAACACGUUGGAAGAGGAGGGGAGUGAUAUCGAUGCAGACGCCGAGGAAAGUGCUGGGGAACAGAACGUGCGCCAGCGGAAGAAGAGAAAACAACGUCGAAAGCAGGAGGUGGAUUCGGCGCCCCCGACCGAACCAAACACCCCGAGAGUCUCAGGUCGACCAUCGUUCCAUUUCACAGGAUCGUUCGCUCCGUUCGAGAAUUACCGUUCCAAUUUUCUGUCGCGAAGAAGCACGGCAGAGUACCCGCAGCAUCGCGAGGGGGUGUCGGAGGAUGAAGGCCGUGAUCGUCUCAACAGAGAUAGUGCUUGGAGACGGAGGAGUGCCUGGCUCGCGAACAGUCGAGGUCUGACAUACACUGGGCGGCAAGGUGACCAGCCUACCCAGGAAGACCGACGGCCAAGUAACCUCCGGCGAUUGACCGGUCUCGCCGGCCCCUCAGAUAAAUGA